AUGACGUCCAUUAUCAAGCUGACAGCUUUGUCAGGAGUUCAGGAGGAGUCUGCCCUCUGCUACCUUCUCCAGGUGGACGAGUUCCGCUUCCUUUUGGACUGUGGCUGGGAUGAGAACUUCUCAAUGGACAUCAUCGAUGCCAUAAAGCGGCAUGUUAACCAGAUUGAUGCCGUGCUUCUCUCCCAUCCUGAUCCUAUACACCUUGGAGCUUUGCCUUAUGCUGUGGGGAAAUUGGGUUUGAAUUGUACCAUAUAUGCAACUAUACCAGUCUAUAAGAUGGGUCAAAUGUUCAUGUAUGAUCUUUAUCAGUCCAGAAAUAACAGUGAAGAUUUCACUCUGUUCACCCUGGAUGACGUGGACAGUGCUUUUGAUAAAAUUCAGCAGUUGAAGCAUUCACAAAUUGUCAAUCUUAAAGGAAAAGGACACGGACUCUCAAUUAAACCGCUUCCUGCCGGACACAUGAUUGGCGGGACCAUUUGGAAGAUUGUGAAAGAUGGGGAGGAGGAGAUUGUUUAUGCCGUGGACUUCAACCACAAAAGAGAAAUUCACCUGAACGGCUGCACGAUGGAGAGCAUCAGCCGACCAUCCUUGCUUAUUACAGACUCCUUCAACGCAGCAUAUGUACAACCGCGCCGCAAACAAAGAGAUGAACAGCUACUUACCAACAUAAUGGAGACACUCCGUGGGGACGGUAACGUGCUUAUCGCUGUGGAUACAGCUGGGCGGGUGUUGGAGCUGGCUCAGCUCCUGGACCAGAUUUGGAGGACAAAAGAUGCUGGGCUCGGAGCUUACCCGCUCGCCCUGCUUAACAAUGUCAGCUACAAUGUUGUGGAGUUUUCAAAGUCCCAGGUGGAAUGGCUGAGCGACAAGCUCAUGAAGUGUUUCGAUGACAAGAGAAACAACCCCUUCCAGUUCCGCCAUUUGACACUCUGCCACAGUUUGGCUGACCUGGCUCGGGUUCCCAACCCGAAAGUGGUGCUGUGCAGCCAGCCGGACCUCGAGUCUGGUUUUUCACGAGAACUCUUUAUCAAGUGGUGCCAAGACAGCAAGCACUCGGUCAUCCUGACGUACCGCACCACUCCUGGAACACUGGCCCGCUACCUCAUUGACCACCCGGGAGAAAAGAUGCUGGACCUGGAAGUGAGAAAAAGAGUAAAGCUUGAAGGCAAGGAGUUGGAAGAAUACGUUGAAAAUGACAAAAUAAAGAAAGAAGCGGCAAAGAAACUGGAACAAGAAAAAGAGGUAGAUGUGGAUUCCAGCGAUGAGAGCGACUUGGAUGAAGACCUGGAUCAGCCGGCCGUGACGAAAACCAAACACCACGACUUGAUGAUGAAGGGCGAGGGGAACCGUAAAGGAAGUUUCUUCAAACAAGCCAAGAAGUCCUACCCUAUGUUUCCAGCACACGAAGAAAGGAUAAAAUGGGACGAGUAUGGAGAGAUCAUCAGGAUUGAAGAUUUUCUGGUUCCUGAGCUGCAAGCUACGGAAGAAGAGAAAAGCAAACUCGAAUCCAGCUUGACCAACGGUGAUGAACCAAUGGACCAGGACCUCUCUGUUGUUCCCACCAAAUGUGUUUCUAGUGUUGAGAAUGUUGAAAUCAAAGCAAGAAUAACAUACAUAGAUUACGAAGGUCGCUCAGACGGUGAUUCCAUCAAGAAGAUCAUCAACCAGAUGAAGCCCAGGCAGCUGGUGAUUGUCCACGGGCCUGCGGAGGCCAGUCAGGAACUGGCUGAGUCCUGCAAGGCUUUCAGCAAGGAUCUCAAAGUUUACACACCCAAACUGCAGGAGACUAUCGAUGCCACCAGUGAGACGCACAUCUAUCAGGUGCGGUUGAAAGACUUCCUGGUGAGCUCACUGCAGUUCUGCAAGGCGAAAGACACCGAGUUGGCUUGGAUCGACGGCGUGCUGGACAUGCGAGUGGUCAAGGUGGACACGGGCGUGAUGCUGGAGGAGGGCACCAAGGAGGAGUGCGAAGACGGCGAGCAGGCCAUGGACACCGCCCCCGCCCCUGACCUCGGCAUUGAUCAAACCGCCGCAAUGGUGGCGGCUCAGCGGGCUAUGAAGAACCUGUUUGGAGAGGAUGACAAGGAGCCGUCCGAGGAGAGCGAUGUCAUUCCCACGCUGGAGCCGCUGCCUUCACAUGAGGCACCCGGACAUCAGUCGGUGUUCAUCAACGAGCCCAGACUGUCCGACUUUAAGCAGGUCCUUCUCAGGGAGGGCAUUCAGGCUGAGUUUGUGGGAGGAGUGCUCGUGUGCAACAACCUGGUGGCUGUCCGCAGGACGGAGGCGGGACGCAUCGGCCUGGAAGGCUGCCUAUGCGACGACUAUUACAAGAUCCGGGAGCUGCUGUAUCAGCAGUAUGCUGUAGUAUAGCAGCAGAAAACAUCACCGAGACCGUUCUUAUGAGGACUUUACCCAGAGGACAUGUCCGUCCCCCACACACUCGGGUACAUCCAGCUGUGUCCCCACUACAUUUAUUGUACAGUUUAUUUUUUUUGUUUUUAUACCAUUCUCUACUGCAAGGUGACCUUGGGAUUUAGCAGUCCCCCCCCCCCCUCCGUUUACACUCAUAUUGAACUCUGUAUGUGGUAAGUGAUGCGUUCCCACUUCAAUUUGACAUUAAACAUACAAUAAUUUUCCUAAUCUGA